AUGAAUGAAAUCAAUAAUAAUCGCAUUCAAGAACUAUAUGUCAACGAAAAGAUUGAAUUCGACAAAACCUAUGAAACGGUUGUCCAACAGUUGUUAGGGCCGACAGAUAACGAUGACAUCAAUGAUAACAAAGAUAUGAUUGUUUUGGUCAUCGAUUGGUUGCAUAAAAUAGUCGAUUAUAAUGUAAGGCACGGCAAACGCAAUCGCGGCCUACUAUUGACGGUCAUCUAUCGUGUACUGGACAACAGCAACAACACCACCGACAACAUCAGUGAUACUGUUUACAAACCGGUAGACAAUAGCACUCAAUUGGAAUCGGUUCGGGUAAUGGGUUGGGUAUUAGAACUAUUUCAGACAUCAUUUGUAAUUGUCGAUGACUUUAUGGAUAAUGGUGUUACCAGACGCUGGAAACCCUGUUGGCAUCUUAUGCCCGACGUGGGACGUAUGGUUUGCAAUGAUAGUGCAUUGCUCUACACAGGUAUGUUUCAUUUGAUCAAGUUACAUUUUAAAGACAAACACUACUAUGUUGACAUACUGGAGCUAAUGAAUGAGUCUACACGACUAACAUCAAUAGGUCAGUGCAUGGAUACUGUUACCAGUAAUAAACGAGAUAUUAGUAACUAUACAUUUGCUAAAUAUUCAACAAUUAUCAAAUAUAAAACUUCCUACUAUACGUUUGUCCUACCAGUGCGCUUAGCAAUGUAUAUGAGAGGCUAUAGUCAAGCCAGUGAUCAUCAAUUGGUUGAGAAAAUUUUGCUAAAAAUCGGUCAUCUGUUUCAAGCACAGGACGAUUAUAUUGAUCUGUUUGUCGAUCCCACACAUAUGGGCAAAACCGGUACCGAUAUCGAGGAGGGCAAGUGUUGUUGGCCUAUAGUACGGGCACUUGAAUUAUGUGACGACAAACAGCGCCAGAUAUUAGUGGCUAACGUCGGCAUCAAAAACGAUGAACAGUCAGUCAGACAAGUUAGACAAGUGUACGAAGAGUUGGAUCUGAAAACUGAAUUCAGUAAUUAUGAGAAGCGCUGUUUGGAUGAUAUUAAAGAGGAUAUCAAUCGAUCAGAGAGUUUGAUGUCGAUUCCAGUUAGCAUUUUUGAUGUGCCCUUAACUCAAAUUUAUAAACGAAAUAAAUAG